AUGCGCGAGGCCGCUCCACCUCUUCCCUCCAUGCCAUACAACAACAAUGCGUAUCAGCAUCAACCCGACUAUCCCCCGCCCCCAAUGGGCGGAGCAUAUGGCGGCAGAGCAGGUAUGAUGUAUCGCCAGGAGAGCGCUGGCGGAUACGCGACGGCACGGGACAAGAUGAUGAGGCGUCGCUCGGUUCGCAAGGUCGAACUCUAUAAUGGGAACCUGGUAUUGGAUAUGGCGGUGCCGUCACAUAUCGUGAACAAGCAAUACGGUGAUAGCGAAGAGCACACCAAGAUGCGGUACACUGCAGCGACGUGUGAUCCUGAUGAUUUCAUGUCCUCCAAGUACUCCCUCCGCCCUUAUCUGUACGGACGCAAGACCGAGCUGUUCAUCGUGCUCACGAUGUACAAUGAAGACGAGGUGUUAUUUUGCAAGACCAUGAACGCGGUUAUAAAGAACAUCGCACACUUGUGCGGUCGCACGCGCUCUAAGACGUGGGGACCUCAGGGCUGGCAGAAGGUCGUCGUUUGCGUCGUGUCGGACGGCCGCAGCAAGAUCAACAAGCGGACAUUGCAAGUCCUCUCACUCAUGGGCUGCUACCAAGAAGGCGUUGCGAAAGACUCGGUGGCUGGAAAGGAUGUCACAGCGCACAUCUUCGAGUAUACUACCAGUGUUAUUGUCUCAGAUACCGGCGAGGUUUCGCAAGGAGCCUGCCCGGUGCAAGUUAUCUUCUGUCUCAAGGAACAGAACAAGAAGAAGCUCAAUAGUCAUCGCUGGUUCUUCAACGCCUUCGGUCCAUUGAUUCAACCCAAUGUGUGCGUUCUUCUUGAUGUCGGUACCAAGCCAACCGGCACAUCCAUCUACGAACUGUGGAAGUGCUUUGACAAGCAUUCCAACGUUGGUGGUGCUUGCGGAGAAAUCUGUGUUGACACCGGACGAGGAUGCAGCCUCCUCCUUACUAGCCCUUUGGCCGCUUCGCAGAACUUCGAGUACAAGAUUUCGAAUAUCCUCGACAAGCCGCUUGAGAGCGUGUUCGGGUACAUCAGCGUAUUACCCGGUGCUUUCAGUGCCUACCGCUAUCGUGCGCUACAAAAUGGACCCAAUGGCAAAGGCCCGCUCGCGUCCUAUUUUAAGGGCGAGACUAUGCAUGGCGGUGGUCCCAACGGCGCAGGACUGUUCGAGCGCAACAUGUACCUCGCUGAGGAUCGUAUUCUAUGCUUCGAGAUCGUCACGAAGAAGAACGAAGGCUGGAUCUUGAAAUACGUCAAGUCUGCGAAAGCUGCAACCGAUGUGCCAACCACUGUUCCUGAGUUCAUUUCCCAGCGUCGUCGGUGGCUCAACGGCUCCCUCUUCGCUUCCAUCCAUGCCACCGUCUUCUGGUUCCGGAUAUGGACGUCCGGCCAGAACUUCUUCCGGAAGAUCGCGUUGCAAAUCGAGUUCAUCUACAACGCGAUACAAUUGGUCUUCUCAUGGACAUCGAUAGCAAAUUUCUACCUAGCGUUCUUCUUCCUUGUCUCCUCCGCUACUUCGGACAAGAAAACGGAUGCGUUCUCCUUUAUCCAGACUGGCGCGGGUACCAAGAUAUUCGAAAUCUUCCUCAAAUUGUAUAUCGCUCUCCUGUUCGUCGUCGUGGUCUGCUCUCUUGGCAAUCGUCCGCAGGGUUCGAAGUGGACGUACUCUCUCGCUAUGGUCCUCUUCGGUCUCUGUAACAUGAUCACUUUCUGGUGUGCUGGAUACACCGUCUAUCUGGCUGUCCCGCAUACUGUGGCAGGGUGGGAGAACAUUGGCUCGCUUUUGGAACACAACAAAGCAUUCCGAGACAUUGCUAUCUCCUUGGCUGGAACGUACGGCCUUUAUCUCUUCGGCUCCUUGCUGCAUCUGGAGCCUUGGCACAUGAUUACGUCUUUCGUUCAGUACAUGUUCCUUCUUCCAAGUUACAUCAAUAUCUUGAUGACGUACGCCAUGUGCAAUCUUCACGAUGUUUCCUGGGGCACCAAGGGAGACAACGGUGCAGCCAAGGAUCUUGGUGGUGCCAAGAAGGUCAAAGGCGAAGAUGGCAAGGAGGUCUAUGAGGUCGAGGUACCUACCGCCCGUGAAGACGUGGACCAGCUUUGGCAAGCUUCCCGCAACUCUCUACGGCACAAACCGGAAGAACAGAAGGAACACCGUGACGCCGCGACGAAACAGGCUGAUCAUGACCGCAACAGCCGUACGAACGUCGUGCUCGCCUGGUUUGGCACCAACAUGUCAGUGCAACAUGAAGUUGCCAUGAUCCUCGUCUUCACAUCCACCGCAUUCACCGACUGGGUCCAGGAACACGUUGACAAAAGUGAUAACUCGGCGUUCAACCCCUACCUGACGUUCUUGUUCUAUUCUCUUGCUGGUUUGGCUGCGUUCCGGUUCAUCGGAUCGACCUUAUAUCUGGUACUUCGUCUCAUCGGCCAAUGA